AAUUCACAAAUUGCGGAAAGUGCGUUGAAGCCAUUUUUAUUUUGCGUGUACAAAGUAAUUUUUUUUAUAAAUUUUAUAAGAGUAAAAAACCGUUGUUUUUUAAUUUUAUAUAAGUAAAAAGGACAUGUUAAAAAUAAAAUGCAUUGGUGAUGAAUCAGUUAACAAGAGCUCGUGAUGUGUUGUUUGUUUUAUUAUCGCUAUUAUACUUAAAAGAGUGCGCAAAAGACGUGUUUCAUAACGUCGACGAAAAGUAUCACCUCGUCACCGAAGCGUAUUCUGUCACCAAGAACCUGUUCAUCCAAGGCCGUGAUAGCUACGAAAUGCUUAAGAAUAGAUCGCUGCAUGUCAUGGACACUUUCUUAGAUCUAGUAACCAUCGUAAACGAAGAGAUGGCAAAAGAACUUAGAAGUGCUAUCGUCAAAUUUUAUAAAAUCAAAUAUUUUCAUGAUUUCACGCAUUACGUUAUUUCUAUGGAAGAGGUUAGUACUAUUGGUGUUGGCUUCCGACCCAGCUACGUACCUACGUGUGAUUUCUGGAUAUGAACAGCAGCGCCACCUAUCGGGUCCAAUUGUGAAUCUAAACCAUUCAGAAACCCACUCAAACACGUUUUUACUUGGUAAAGUCACGCUGCAGCUAUACGAGUAUUAUAGUUGUAGCACCAAUGGGUCGCUUCGAACGAAGAAGAACCACGCUCUCACAGUACCAUUGUGAAAUAUAGCUGCUUAAUGAUGCUGUGUUUCGUAUGGUGAGUUUAGAGAACCGGAUACCCUUUUUACUGGAUACGAGUUAUUCCAUCUCAGUCUGCAGAGAUGACAACGCAUCUGCAUUUUAAUCAUUUAUCUAGGAUAAAUGUAGAUGUCUAUGGGCUACAGCAUCCACUUACCAUCAGGUGGCCUGCAUGCUCGUUUGUCACUCAUAUGCUAUAAAUAAUACACCAAAAAAUCAUAAAAAUCUGUCCAGCCGUUUAGCUCAGUCUAAACACACGUAUAGAACAAUUAUAUGUAGGUAUAUAAAGGUACAUUAACUCAUGGUGGACAACACCGGACAUGAAAACAAAAGUUAAUUUCAACAAGAAAUUCCUUAAAUAAUCUGUAUUUAAUCAAUAAAUACCAAUAAAAAGCAAUUUGCGUGCGGGGUGCGGGCCAAGCUGGCAUAGCAAACGAUAUGCCGAGACCCUGGACUACGGUGUGUACGUAGGAAAACAUAAGGUACGUUGGGGUAAGAUCGGUGAUGGGGCAAGACCGUAGGAUUCAAAUUCCCGGCGAAUUAUGCUAUAUUUUGAAAAGCUAACAAUAUGCUACACGACGCCAUUUCAUCCUGCCCCGACCCUCAGUUCGCGCCAGUCACUCCGGCAAGUGGGACCUGUGCUGCGUGGCAUUUUAUAAAACAAUGUAAUUUCUGUAUUAUUUUUGUCCAUCCGAUCUUUCCCUAUCACUUUUAUUUACGAUUUUUAGCGAGAAUAUGGCUUCUUUUGUUAUUAUUUUGUGUGGAUACUAAUUUUUAUGAAGUUAUAGCUAGAUAAAGCUGGUCCAUGCAGGGGUAAGAUCGCUGUAGGCCGAGAUCCGAUGUUUCCCCUCGUGAGUGAAGAUCGGAUGAAUAUUAUCCGAUCUUUGCCUGUUACAAAUAUGGCAGUGGUUGUUAAACUUUCAUUGGUCGUGUAUAUUUUUUCGUUGAUUACUCAAGUGACUAUGGGACUCAGUCUCGUUAGAAAGUCUGUAUAUUUAAAAGUAAUAAAACAAUACGAUGGUUUUAUUACUUUUAAGUACAUAUUAAAAUACAUUUUUUUUAUAGGAUAAGGGUGACAAAGGAGCAAACAGUCCACCUGAUGUUAAGUGAUUGGUGCGGCCCAUAGACAUCUAUAUCUAUCCUCUAUUACAAAUCAAAAUGUAAUUUAUAAUAAUUAUUUAAAAAAUAAUUUAUAAUAAUAAAUGCCGCUUUGUUAAAAUAUUUAUAUGUUCCUUAACUCCUGCAUUAUCCCAGGGCAUUUCGCCAGUUCUUACUGUUAUUUUUUUUCCCAUAUAAAAUCAAAUGCAUCCGAUCUUUCUCCUAUAUUGAGUAAUUCCAUCUUAUGUCAUAACAAAGUUUGAGAAACAUAAAAUUACAAUUUCUUUAUAUCAGGGAUAAGAUCGGAUGGC